AUGGCGUGUGCAACGCGUGUUGAACUAGAGAUAAUAAUAAUUAAACUUCAUGACAUAAAUAUGGUUGUGACUAAUUUGGACGGUGACCGAGGAUAUCUAGAAGGCCUUGCAUCCCGGUACGCUGACCUCUUCUCAACCCACUACGGCGACGUUCUCGACCAUCUUGAGGAAUUACGGAGGCACGAAUGGGAAGAGAUGUCACCAAGGAUGCGAGUUAUCGGAGGGCCUGGCACCCCCCAAACCCCGCCCUCGGCUAGUCCGGGUUCAUUGGCCCUUAACAACCUGACCACAUCACAUUCGCAACCGAUCUACGUUCCUGGAAAGUACUCUCCUUCAAGCUGCUUGACGGACAAGGAAGAGGAUGAGAUCUAUGGUUUCGGUUAUGGCGUUUUUGGGAAGCAGAUGUUGCAGAGGCAGCAGCAACAAAAGCAAUUGCUGCUUGCUCAGCCAUCGCAACCUUUGAUGCAUAACCAGCAACACAACUAUCAAAGCUGCCUGAGUCCUCGUUCAGCGUACUUUUAUGAAUUCCCUCCCAGCGAUAACUGCCUCGGUACAGCUAAGAAAAAGGUGACCACAUUUUCAAGACUGCUACGCGGAUUAAAAUCCCAUAGAAAAGAAAAACAUGGUUCCUGUUCUCCAAAGCACACACACAGUCCACGGCAAACGUUGCCGCCUCAGCGGGUGGAUACACCGGACAGCGUGCUACAAAGUGGCUUAGGCCUCGGUCCAGGUCCUGACACAGCUCUAAGGUCCAUGGUUGACCCUAGAGACUAUGAUCGGCUACGCUUCUUUCAAAUGACAGCCGCCCAACCAAACACCUUUGAAGAAACUAUACAUAGGUUAAAAGUUCAAGAGGCGAUGAAGAAAAAGGACAAAUUGGCGAGAGAACAAGAAGAGAUCCUACGGGACAUCAGACACGGUCUCAUCAAUAUGGGACGGGACGGGGUUCGUGGUCCGUUUGGAGACGACACGUAUAUGUACGACGAUGAAGCUAGAGGGUUGUCUGGACGAGGCCACUGGUAUGAUGAGCCACCCUAUGAAAGUGAUCCAGAGGACUUUCUCAUGGGUGGAAACGCACCAGCUGCGACGUUUCAAAACGGCCGAGUUUGUUUUACGCUUAAUCUCCGAAAUGAACCGAGAGGCGAAGGCGUGAUAUCAUUGAGAAGUGCUGGCGAUAUAAGCUUAGCGAGGGCUCCGCGGAGAGGAUUAAUAAUUCCACAGAGCGGCCCCUACCCAACCACUGUGAUACCGUUGCGAACUGCGAGAGAUAGGGAAAGCGGGGAUUACGCCGCGUCUGACAUACAAUCUAUAGGAUCGCGACUAUCCGGCAUAUCGUUGGAAUCAAGCCGUUCCGAGCGGGAUUCGAGACGAGGUUACAGGCAAAUGUCAGGCUAUCGAAUAGGAAUAGAUCCGUUAUCGCCGGCUUCAUCGGAUUACGAAGAUCAAGAGAGCGAGACUGACUCGCAGCAUAUAGCGACAGUGCACAAGUCUGCGGAUGACUUGGAAGGUGUUUCGAAUUUAGUGGGAAAAGUUCGAGGUCUUAGGCAGGAUGUACAAAGAAAAAUAUCAAGAUUACGACAAGAAAUAGGUCCUGAAUGUUCCGAAAGGCGAACAAGUGGGGACCAGGCGUUUCCAUGUUCUAAUAGUUCUUUUGAAAGUCUUCCCAGUGGAUCAGGCAGUAGCACGCAGGCAUUGGUUCGAGCCGGUAGUAAUCAUUCAUCUCUCUCGGCAGAAGAAAGCAUAGAAUUAAGUCCGGCCGGGCGGAGUCUUCUUGUACCACAAAUGCUGUGCCGUGCCCGUGCUCUGGUUGAUUACAUACCCAAUAUAUAUGAAAAAGAUGCUUUGAGAUACAAGAAAGGAGACAUCAUCGAAGUGAUAAACAUGAAUGCGUCAGGAAUAUGGCGUGGAGUGGUCAACAACAAAGUUGGUAACUUCAAGUUUGCGAACGUUGAGGUUUUGUCAGAAAGGGAUGCUUCCAGAUCAAGAACUCUGAAAUGGUGCAAGAGCAGGGAAAGGCUUUGGGAGACACGACCUCGAACGGUAGAAGAGCUAUUGCGAAGGAUAGAUCUGCCAGAAUAUGCCAUUGCAUUUGCAAGAAACGGAUAUGAGGAUAUUGAGCUUUUUAAAGAAAUUGAGCCUUCAGAUUUAGAUUACUUGGGUAUUAUGACUCCAGACCAUCGGACGCGUAUCCUCGCUGCUGUACAACUGCUGCACCAGCUUGAAUGUGGCGAAGGUGAGGUUGAGGGAGACGGUGGAGGUUCUAGUUCUGAAGGCGGUGACUCACCUUUUGGCAGGAGGCAAUUCCCGCGUGACUCUGGAUGCUACGAAGCGGGAGUUGGCGUUGGUGGCGUGCGCGUGCGUACCUCUCCUCUGGUGCACAGAACUGACGAACCCUCACAUCGGCCUCCAGAACCGGCUCCUCAAGCAAAGCGCUCUAUCCGGCGGCGCCAACCCGAUGACGCCGAAUGCGACAGAAUUGAAAGAUAUCCAGGUACAAUUGGAGAAAAGAUCGUCACUCGUGGCGGAGGGUUGCCGGGCGGAGCGAGAGACGACACUUGCGAAUCCGACCAUAAGUUGAAUGUUGUUAAAUUUGUUGCCGGCGCCGAGACCUGUAUAUCUGAGAAGAGCAGUGAUUCUGGCGUGAGUAGUUCGUCGCUGAGUUCCGCGCAUCCGCACCGUCCCUGA